AUGUUAUCUGUCAACUUUUCCACGCCCCUCAACGGGCCUGCGCGGUCUGAGAGGAUCAAGCAAAUGUCCAAUAACCAUCCUGCUUUCGAGAAAUCUCGUAUAACGCAGGAGAUUUUAGUCAAGAUACAGCACUCUCUGAGGCGCAUGCCUGGUGUUGCUGCAAAUGAAUCGAAUGAAAUCAUCCAACGGCUAAUCGAAGUUGGCCAAGUCAUCAGCCAGGAAACGAGCGCGCUCGUUGAAGCUGUCAUGAAUCUUCAUCUCGAUCAGGAAGACACAGAUAAGGCGAUUGCUAGGAUGAGCAUCGAGGCCAACCUUGCCAAGGCCCAUACAGAUGAUCAAGCCCAGCGGAUCAACAGCCUCGAAGAAGAAGUCCGGCUAGAGAAGAAGAAAAGAGAAGACGCUGAAGGAAAUCUCAAGAAUCUUAUGGGUGGUAUCGCGGAUAUUACUACUGAGUUCAAGCAGUUAAGAGAUAAAGCUGACAAACAGAAAACUGACUCAUUGAAUAAGGGCUUGUCGUUUUUUGAUGGCGAUUUUCUUAUCAGGAGCCUUGAUAACACUAUUCAAGUAUUGGAAGAUGAAGUCAGUAAACAGCAUGAUCUGUGGGCGGUGCAACAGCAGCCCUCUUCUGAGGGCAUCCCUCGACCCAUUGAACCCUCCCCUGAAAAUGUUCAGGUUACAAAUGGCCACAAUAAGCCCCUAGUACCUCUUCAAGAGGAGGGUUUGGGCGACGGCAGUAUUUUCAGCGAUUCUCUGAAAUCGCCCAGAGCAGCUACGGCUUUUCAACCGGUCCGCCGCCCUCCUACCGUUGGUCCACCGCCAAAAUUUGGCCAUUUUCAGGGAAGUAUGCCUCCACGGCCUACAACAACCUUACCCCAUGAUCGCCGAACCGCAAAUGCAUGGAAUUUGGUCGCUCCCAUGCAGGGCGGUAGACAAGGCCUCUUUAACCAUAAGCCACAGUUCCCAGGCCCUCCUUUUGGUCGAGCGGCUUCUCGCCAGGGUUUUCAGAAUAACCCUCAGUUUCGACCUAGCUUCCCGCAGUCUGCUUUUGCCAUGCCAGAGAACCCUCCUCAAAGGCCCAGCAGUGCGUUUGGCUAUAGUCGUGACUAUUUCCCCUCCACUCCAACUGGCCAAUCUCGAGGCAGAUACAAUGGCCGCCUUCGCGAUAACGCUCCACCGCCCCCUUUGCUGGAUUUUGGAACUUCUUCAUCAAGCGGUUCUACCUCUGUUCCCCCUGGUGCUCUUGUGAGUCGCAGCCCCUACUCUAACCAGCCGAUCACGAUCACAGAACAAGCCGUCCAAGCAUGGCACGGGCAUAUGAUGCAUUUUUAUGCAACUAUACGCAACUUUGUCGAGCGUCACGCCAGUAACCCUGAUCCCACUGGAGAAACAAAACUGAGCCAGACGCAUCUAUGGCCAAUCCUCCUAGCCACGUAUUACCCCUUAUCUGAACAGGCAGCAGAGUCUUACCUUGAUCAUCACAUUCGCAGCGAAAACUCUAAAUCCUGCAUUGUCACCAGGGUUAUUAUAGACUUUGUUGUGAACCGAGUUUGGAAUCCUAGUGCCUGGGCUGGCGCCGAUGCAGAUUCUACUUAUGCCAUCAUGGAAGUAGAGAGAGACCUAGAGCGUACAACAGGUCAACCAUCUGCUAUUCGCCAACCGAUUCUCGACCGUAUGGCUGUAAUUAUUGAUGUCGUCAUGAAAAAGGAGCAGGGUGGCCCCUUUAUCAAGAACCGAAUCGAAGAAGCCACUCACGCUCUCCUUACUAGCCUUCAGCCCCUAAUGAAUACAUUUUACAACGCGGUAGAUGCGAUCCAGGACUUGGAGCAAGUCAUCGACAGCGCCUACGAGAUAUCCUUCAGGAUUCUCACCAGUCGUCUGACUUUUGACUUUCGAUUCCCUGAAAUCGGCAGCCGUUUCUCUUCGCAGUCGAUGCUGCCCAUCUGGCCACCCACCGACCCGUUGGAGCUGCAGGCCAAGCAUUGGCGUGUGGCGCUGGUGACAACUCCGGUGGUGACGUGCCGAAACGAUACUGGUUCGAAUAUUUCUGCACACUCUGUAUCCCUGGCAGAUGUGUUUUGCAUGCAGUGA